CGGCUGCUGAGCCAGGAGGAGAUGGAGAGCUAGAGAAAGGAAAAGAUGGAGAGAGAAAGGGAAGUAUGGAGGUGUCGGACGCUGCAGGAAGCCGUGAGUCAGCAGGAGGAGAGAGAACCAGUGGGAGGGAAGACAGACAGAGUUUAUAGAUAGAUUUAGGUGAUACGGCUAGAGAGAGUGGCGUCAGAUGCCUCCUGGUGCGUUUGUGUAUGUGUGUGUGCAUGCGCCUAUCGAUUGAGCAGAGAAGGUCACCGAGCCGAGAGGAGAUUAGCAAACUAGACUCGGAGAGGCAGUGCUAACGCCUCCUCUGAAUAGCAGCUAGACAGGAAAAAGAGAGAGAGAGACAAGGAGAAGGACGAGAGGAGCUGUAACAGUAUGGGGGAGAGCUAUAUGUACCAACGACUCCCCUAUACCAGAGGAGAUGAGGCGGGGGAGGAGGAGGAGGAGGACGAAGAGGAGAGAGACGGAAGGAUCAGAGAAAGUGGCAGGGGACAAAUGAUGCAGUGUGAGGAGGGGACAGAGUGGCUGCUGGAGUUGCUGACAGAUGUGCAGCUGCAGCAGUACUUCCUGCGGAUCCGUGAUGACCUCAACGUCACGCGACUCUCCCACUUCGACUACGUCAAGAAUGAAGACCUGGAGAAGAUCGGCAUGGGUCGGCCGGGUCAGAGGAGACUUUGGGAGGCCGUCAAGAGGAGAAGAGCACUUUAUAAACGCAAGUCCUGGAUGAGCAAGGUGUUUCCAGUGAAACGACCCGACACCGACCCACAGCAGCCCCUCCCCCAGGGGGCAUCGUCCAGCGCGGUACCAGCCAGUAGCGAGUCAGGUGCCUCGCUCACCUGCCUGAUCAAAGAGUCAGAGCUGCAGAUGUUUGAGCGGCUCGGAGACGGAACAUUUGGGGUGGUGCGGAGAGGAGAGUGGACCGGACCCAACGGCAGAGUGUUGUCAGUGGCGGUCAAGUGUCUUAAGGCAAGUGUGUUGGACUCGGACGGUCUGGAUGAUUUCAUCAGAGAGGUGAACGCCAUGCAUUCACUGAGCCACCAGAACCUCAUCCGGCUGCACGGCGUCGUCCUCACACAGCCCAUGAAGAUGGUGACUGAACUGGCCCCUCUGGGUUCCCUGUUGGAUCGUUUGAGAAAACGUCAGGGUCACAUCCUCAUCUCCUCUCUGUGUAACUGCGCUGUGCAGGUGGCGGGCGGCAUGGCCUACCUGGAGCAGAAGCGUUUCCUCCACAGGGAUUUGGCUGCCCGCAACGUUCUACUAUUCUCCAAUGACACAGUGAAGAUCGGAGACUUUGGCCUGAUGAGGGCGCUGCCAACACACACAGACCAAUAUGUCAUGGAGGAGGCCCACAAAAUCCCUUUCCCAUGGUGUGCUCCUGAGUCUCUGAAGUCUCGUACUUUUUCUCAUGCAUCUGAUACCUGGAUGUUUGGGGUCACUCUGUGGGAAAUGUUCACUCAUGGACAGGAGCCGUGGCUGGGCCUUAACGGGAGCCAGAUCCUCCACAAGGUGGACGUGGAGGCAGAGAGGCUGUGCAAACCAGAUGACUGUCCUCAGGACAUCUACAACGUCAUGCUGCAGUGCUGGAGUCCCAAACCUGAGGACAGACCGACUUUCAUCGCCCUCAGAGACUUCCUGCUUGAGACUAUGCCUACAGAUAUGAGAGCGCUGCAGGACUUUGAGGAAGAAGACAAGCUCCAGAUUAAAAUGAACGACGUAAUCACCAUCAUAGAGGGAAGGGCAGAGCACUACUGGUGGAGAGGUCAGAACAGGAGGACGCUGCAUAUCGGGCAGUUUCCCCGUCACGUGGUGACUUCAGUUGCCGGGCUGUCGGCCCAGGACAUCAGCCGACCACUCAAACAUUCCUUCAUCCACACUGGACACGGAGACACUGACCCUCACAGGAGCUGGGGACAUGCAGAUCGUAUAGACAGUCUUUAUCUGGGGAACCCCAUGGACCCUCCUGAUGUUCUUGGAAUGGACUCGGGCAUCGCAAGGCCAACCAAACUCCCCAACCGUGCCAAGAAGCAACCUCCUCCUCGUCCACCCCAACCUGCUGUUCUGCUGAAGAAGCCAUUCUAUGACUCUGUGAUGGACGAUUACGACGACGAUGACGACACCAGUGCAUCAUCUGGGCUGAAGAGGCUGGGAAUGUCCCUGGGCCUGAAGCUCCGGCCUUGGGAAGGACCCGGCGUGCGCUCAGCCAAAAGCGAAGUGUCGCUCAUUGAUUUCACUGAUGACAGCUUCAGUUCGACCACGCCCUCGCCACUCACUGAAACCCAGCAGCCAGAUGAGGACACGCUGAAGGACACUCCAUCCAUCCUUGACUGGCCUCUCCCCCAGCCAGCUUAUGACGAGGUUUCUACAGAGCUCGAGGACCAAUCAGAGGACCAGGAAGUUCGGUCCAUCAACAAGGGAUUUACUGAAGACACCGUGGCCACGACAAGCGUCGCUGCAGCAGGCAGGAAUGAGUCGCAGUCAGCUGACCUCUUCCAAGAACUACAGCGAGAGGUGAUGGUGAAGCUGCAGGUUCCUAUGGCAAUGGGUCGCUCCCUCCCAUCAUCUCCCCUUCCCAUGCCCCUGGCUCCUUUGGGCCCCCAUCGACAGAUCUGCCUACCUCCUCCCUCACCUUCCUCCACCUCCACCCCCUCCUUUGCCACCUACUUUGAAGACCAGCCGGUGCUGCCUCCUCGCAGCCCCGUACCACCAUUACGUCCCUCCAAACACAACCUCUCCACCCGCACUACCCACCCACAAGUGCGCUCCAGCUCCAGCUCCCUAGGCCAGCAGGAAGACACGCCUCCUCAGAUCCCACCCAGAGACCAUGCCUUCUCUCAGCCAGGCUCUCGCUCUUCCUCUCCGCUCCCACUGGUACCGCCAUUAUCCUCCUCCUCCCCUUUGGCCCUGCCUCCUCCUCCCCUCUCCGUCUCCCCACGGCGGGCGUCUGGACUCCUGGGUCCCCUCCUGUCCUCCAAUUGGUCCACCUCCUCACUGCCUCAAGUCACAUCGCAUUCCUCGCCGGUCACAGCUCGCAGCUCCUCCUACUCAUCCAGCUCCUUAUUAGAGCCUCUGGUUUUUCGUGAGGGGCGCGGUCUUUCCUCACUGAUUGACGGCUCCCAGAGCUCUGCUCCUGCUCCUGCCCCGCUGCCUGAUCGACCCGCUUUUCUGGAAAGAUACGGAGCAGCCAAUAUGGCGGCAGUCAAACCCAUGAUGCAGCAGCCUGGUGGGACCAAACCGAACUCUUCCUACAAUAACAACAAUGGGCGAACAACAGCUCUCAGCAUGCAACAGCAGCAGAGUAUCACACAGGUCCAAGGGACAGUGCACGGUGUCACACUGGAGGAGUGCGAGGCGGCUCUGCAGAGUCACAACUGGAGCAUCCCUCAGGCUAUAAAUCAUUUAAAGGUAGAGCAGCUGUUUCGUCUGGGCCUGAAGUCGAGAGCAGAGUGUGAAGAACUUCUGCAACGCUGCCAGUGGAACCUGGAAGAGGCCAGCACUCUCAUGCUGGACACAUACAGACCACAAUGAAACAUGAAGUGACAGCAGGAGGACAUCCACUGCUGACAAGCUCCUGAUGUCAUUUAGAUCAACCCACCAAUAGUGACCUGCCUGGAUGACUCAUGGCACCAAGGACUCGAGACACAGUCAAGAUUUUUAAUGAAUGGAGGAACAUAAAGCAGUAUAUGUACCUCACCUUACGUACUGUGAAUACCUGCUACUAUUUGUGAUGCAUGCUCAUUAUUAGCCAACAGAGCAGCGUGUUGAAUGAGUCACACUAUUUACUUGAAUGGUUGCUAUUUAUGUUAUUUUCUAUUAUUACAUGAGUAAUGAAAAUUCAUAUUUUCGCUGGUAGCUACUGCAGACUUUUUCUGGGUGUGAACUUUGUGGAAUGCGUGCAUGUUCAGGUAUGUUAACACAUACGCUUCCAUUUAUGCACAAACACUGUAAAUGCCCAUGCCUUUUUGCUGUCAAUAAUGCAAUAUAAAAUCAGGGAACUGUCUGCUGAUUUUAUAGUUGUAUUGAUAUGUUCUUGUGAAAAUGUACAGAUAAGAUGCUAAAUUGUAUAUAGCACUUUAAUGGGUGUGUCGACACAUUACCUGCUGGUCAGAAGAUGAUAAAGAAUUUAUCUUGUCAGUGAAGUAAAUAAGCUUAUGUGGGCUGAUAGCAUAUCAUGUAUUUUUAAUGUGUCAUUUGUGUCUUAAACAAAGCUUUUAUGGCUUUAUAAAGGUGUAAACUGUGAAAGGAUUGACGGAUUGUUAUUUUUUUGUUUUGUCUUACUGUAGGUAUUGAGAUGCCAAAACAGACAUGUCAAGAUAUCUCUCAUGUCCUUAUGAAUACAGGGUAAUAGGAAACAAAUUAGAUACUGAAAUAACCUAAAAUGGAUGUUCAUAUGAAAAUUACUGCUGCGUGAUAAUCAUAUAAAAAUGCUGAAGCGCUUAACUGUCAUUCACCUGAAUAAGUAGGCAACUGCUAUGUGUGAGUGGGCGCAUAUAUUGGUAUUGACUGUGAAUGUGGUGACUUACUGUGUGGGUAACCAUAAUCAACUAAACAAAUUGUUCAUUCCUUCAGUUCCUUUAAGUGACCAUCAGUUACAGGGUGCUCUACAAUGAAAUAGUACAGUUAGCAAAUUUCUGAACAAAUGAGCAGUGAUGUUUAAAACACUCUGUGGUUCCUGUGGUUAUGUAUUACUCUGUGGGGACAUCUGUUUACACACUCACAUUGUGGGGACUCACUGUCAUUUUGGGGACAAAAUGGAAGUCCCUCAAAAUGAUUGAAUACUAGGGUGAAGACUUGGUUUAAAGUUAGGGUAAGGUUAGGUUUCAGAUAUUGUUAGCCUGGGGGGGGGUAGGGUUAUGCAAGUAGUGGCCAUAGCAAGGGUGGUUUCGAGGAAAUGAAUGCAAUCAAGUGUCCUCUUAAGGGAUGGAAACGUGACUGUGUGUGUUCGCAUGUGUGUGUGAGUUCCACUUCCUUCCCUCUUACGCUCAGCUGUAAGCUCUUGUAGUCACACAGCUGUAUGUGAUGCUAACUGCAUUAUACUGUCACACCAUGCUGCUUAUUAAUGAAAAUGCAAAUAUGUCCUCCAUUGUUUUAUAAUAAAGAGAAAUUUGA